ACAUGCACCUAAUUUUCAGCCUUUGGAAACACUUACAAGACACUGAAACAAGAAUAUAAAUAGUGAGACUGUUCAGAAAUAUUGCAAUCCACCACGUUCUCUUGGAUGUGUCUGACAGAGAUAACAUAAAAAUCACCAAAAUGUAAAAUUUUGCAAGAUGUGUGAAUAAGAGGGAUGUAGGCUGAUAUACUGACAUAAAUACGACCAAAAUGAGAUCAAUUAUCUAUUAAACAUGUUAAAACUGCAUCAAUAUGAAACGAAACAGUCCCCUGCUGUUGGGCUCGAGCAGCUGGGAGUUCAAUGCCUUGCUCAGGAGCACCUCAGUACUUAAUGGAGGGAAACAUCCACAGUCACAAUAAGACAGUCAUUUGGUUUGAGGUAUGUAGAACAUCCUGGAAAAUUAUCACAAGCCUUCUCAUCUGUCCGGCAGUCUGAUACUUCACUGUACUUUGAAAAACUGCUAUAUGUUGGUUAAUAUUGGUUUUAUUGCCGAGAACUCAGACCGGAUGUGGUGUGUUGACUGGGGCUGCCUUGCCGGUGUUGUGGUAACAAGGUGCAGCUGCGGCAGCUGAGUCGAGGUGUGCGGACGGGAGACUGGGCCGGACAGCAGACAGCGGACAGCAUCAAUGGCCCCGGUGCUUACGAAGUGAAGAAUGGGCUCCACGGCGUCGCAGCCAUGGCCAGAUCCACCAACAGAAGCGCCGAAGAAGGGGAAUCACGGGUGACCGCACCGGUGGACCGCGGAGAGGCGAGGGACCUGGCGGAGCCCCGGGAACUGUCUCUGGAGGAGGUGCUGAAGUCCUACGAGCAGCCCAUCAACGAGGAGCAGGCAUGGGCGGUGUGCUACCAGUGCUGCAGCGGGCUGAGGGUGCCCCGCCCGCCGGCAGGGACGGUCAACCGGGUGAAGGACCCGUCCUCCAUCCUCCUGCACAGGGACGGGACCGUGUCGUUAGAGCCGCAGCGCCGACACAGCGAUGACACUGAUGGGCCUCCUCUUCCACCUGCUCCAGAGUGUCAGCUGGUCCAGUCGCUGGGCGUGGCCAUCUACCGAGCGCUGGACUGGGGGCUGGACGACAGCGAGGAGCGGGAGCUCAGCCCACAGCUGGAGCGCCUCAUUGAACGUAUGGCUGGAGGGGACCACGGCGAAGAUGGAGACAGGACCGCUGGAAAUGGCACAACUGAUGAAGGCUACAGUGGACAGGAAGAGGAGGAGGAGGAGGAAGACCAGGAGAACGAGGGAGCGAUAAGGCCGGUGUGUACGUUCCGCCAGGUGAUGGCGCUGUGUGCGUCUCGGCUGGCCAACCCAAGCUUGGCUCCAGAACACUACCAAGCUGUGUGCAGGGCUCUGUUUGUAGAGACCAUGGAGCUGCAGACCUUCCUCAUCAAGAUCAGAGAUGCUAAGGAGUUGUUGAAGAAGAUCACAACAGAGGAAGCUGUUGAAGACAAGUCUACAGCUGAGCUGGACGCCCUGAAACACAGAGACUGGGCACGUCUCUGGGUGCAGCUGAUGAAGGAGCUCAGGCAGGGAGUGAAGCUGAAGAAGGUGCAGGAGCAGCCGUUCAACCCGCUGCCCACCGAGUACAGCCUCACACCGUUCGAGAUGCUGAUGCAGGACAUACGAGCACGCAAGUUCCAGCUACGCAAAGUCAUGGUGGAUGGUGACAUUCCUACCAGAGUGAAGAGAAACGCCCACGAACUGAUACUGGAUUUCAUCAGGUCAAGACCUCCACUCAAACCAGUUGGGGAGCGCAGCCUCCCUCCUCCUCCCCCGCAGGAGCAGUCCCUCCAUGACCGGGUCCUAGCUGAGAUCAAGCAGGAGAGAAAGCUCAGGCCUGUGGUCCUGCCCAACUCCAGACCAUUUGGCUCUCUGCCCUGCCUGGCUCAGACUUGUCCUUGUAAUGUCAAAUCUACUUCAUGUAUCGACCUGUCCGUAUCGGAGCCCGGCCCCCGGCCGCCGUCCCGCCCUCGCGUCCUGCUCAAGGCCCCGACUCUGGCUGAGAUGGAGGAGAUGAACAUAUCUGAGGAGGAGGAGUCUCCAGACAAUGCGGAGCUGAGGAGGGCAGAUAGCUCCCCCACGCCUCUGAAAAGAGAUCGCUCCUUUUCAGAGCACGACCUGGCCUUGCUCCGUGGGGAGAUGCUUCCUUCACUCUCUGAGUCUACCCAGCUGGGUGGGGUGGUCAAGCUGAGGGGCGAGAGGCCGCGGUCCAGGACGCUGACAGGCGCUGGGCCACCUCCUUAUCACAGAGCCUCCUUCCCAGUUCAUGGCUGGGUGCCGCCCUCUCCGGCCCGCCUGUCUCUGAGUUCAGUCGACGAGACCACGGAGGGAUCAGAAACGAUAUCCGGCUCCAGAGUUGGAGACGAGCACCAGUGGAUGGAGGAGUUCAGCCACCCUGUAGAGAGUCUUGCCUUAACGGUGGAUGAGGUCAUCAAUGUGCGCCGAGUGUUGGUCAAAGCAGAGAUGGAGAAAUUUCUUCAGAGCAAAGAACUCUACAAUAACCUGAAGCGAGGCAAGGUUUGCUGCUGCUGCAGAGUGAAAUUUCCUCUCUUCUCUUGGCCGUCUACCUGCUUACUGUGUAAAAGGUCUGUCUGUGGCUCCUGCAGUGCAAAGAUGAAGAUUCCCUCAAAGAAGAUGGCCCAUAUUCCUGUGUACACUGUGGGCUUUCACAGCACUCCAAAGAGUCACGGACAUAAAAGCCAAGUCUAUAAGUCCCUGCGCACUCUGUCCCGCCGCUCGGUAGAGGAGGAGUUUCCCCAUCUGUACGCACAUGGCUGCACGCUCCGAGACAUCUGCGCUGAAUGCACCAAAUUUGUCGCCGAUGUCAUUUCUUCCAGCCGCCGGAGCCUGGACAUCCUUAACAACACUCCCAAGAGGGAAGCCAAAGCUGCCGCUGCCGCCGCCGCCACCGCUGCUGCUCAGAGACCACAGUUGCAACGUCAAUCCAACCUCGAGACUUUCCCUCAACCCAGCCCUCCCCUGCUGAGUCACCCUCCACCUUACCCGCAGUCACCCGGUCACCCCCAGCUCCCUCCACAGUCCUAUCAUCACCAACAGCGGCUUCAUGCGUCAUCGCCGUCUCCUUCACUGAAGCUCCACGCCAAGACCAUCAACAAUGUGAACCAAUGAGUAGACUGACACUGACACACACACACACACUCACACACACUCCCUACUCAAGUUGUGCUGCUCCUGUGGUGCACUGUUUGCACACACACAGAAAAACGUAGGGUUCUUCAAGGGUUCUCGUGGUCAGAUGUACAGUACUGAUUCAAAAAGCCAUGUGAUUGGUUCAAAUAAAACUAGAUAGUAAAUAAGAACACAUAAUAUAGUGGGGGUCCUUUAAAGUUGUUGCUGGUUUGGAGCAUUAAAUGCAUUAUUCAAUGAUUAUGCUAUGAUACAGUAUAUAAAUCUAAAAAACUAAAGCUAAAACUAAACCCUUUUUAGUAAGAAUCAAGAGACCCUAAACCACCACCACGUCACCCAUCAUCCAAUUCCCAACCACAUCAUCCUCCAUAUCUCACCCAGCAGAUGUGCCCACACUUGUACAAACACACACACACACAUGCACAGAGCCUCCCUCCCCCUCCAGUCUCUUACUUUGUUAAGGUUUGAGCAAGGACCUGCCUUAUCUCCUGCACCAUGACUUCACUCCCAGAUGCUCACAGCUGGUAGGGAGACAAACAUGGGAGCAGAGGGCAGGUGAGGAAAGACACUGUGAGAGGAAAGGUGGAGGUGGGGUUGGGUGGUGGUAGUUUUAGGGGGAUAAAAGCUACGCAGCAUAGAGUCGACAUGUAAACCUUGCAUUUUAGCUCUCUGUGGUUGCCUUGUUUUUGUCAUGAAUGUAACUUAGAGACACAGAAACAGAAUUGUAAAAUUAUUAGCUCGUACACAGCAUAAUAAAAUGUAUUUUUAAUCAUCCAAAAAGGGAUUUGUAAUGAGCGGCUGCUGCAUAGCGAGGCCUCUUUUGCAUUUUAGACAUGCUUGAAAAGUCCCAGGUACAGCUGGACGAGGUACGACAGCGGCGACACUGUGAAUGUAACCGGGCUGAAGCUGCAGACUGCACCUUUAACCGACGCAGCAUGAUGAUGAUGAUGAUGUGAAGCGAGCAGAUGAAACUCCCGCCUCUCUCACACUCCCCAUGGACGCUUGCAAUCUGCUCUGGUUUUGUAAACACUAAGUAAACCUCAACUGCAAUAAAAUCAAACGACAAACACA